GUCGCUCCUGCGCUCUUAGUUGACGUUUCCGUCUCCGGCAGCCAUAUUGCUUACUGGAGCAAAUUCUGGAAAGCUAGCAGUAGGGGAAAGAAUUUGAACUUUAUAUACAUCUUCACGGCCUUCUGUACUCAAAAUAUAAAUACCACAAUGGAACCGUCAGCCAGUCCGGCCAAGGACAACUACAGGAUGAACCGCUACAAGAACAAAGCACUGAACCCAGACGAGAUGAGGCGUAGGAGAGAAGAGGAAGGCAUCCAACUCAGGAAACAAAAACGAGAACAGCAGCUUUUCAAGAGAAGAAAUGUGGACGUUCUGAAUGAAGAGGAGGUCAUGUUUGAGAGUCCGCUGGUGGACUCAUACCUCAACUCUCCAGCAACAGAAGGAGUUAUUACCAGAGAUAUGGUGGAGAUGCUUUUUUCAGAUGACCCAGAACUUCAGCUCGCCACAACACAAAAGUUCAGAAAACUACUUUCCAAAGAGCCUAAUCCUCCAAUUGAUGAAGUUAUAAACACAUCUGGUGUGGUGGAAAGGUUUGUAGAGUUUCUGCAGAAGAGCACCAACUGCACACUACAGUUCGAAGCCGCGUGGGCCCUGACCAACAUCGCGUCAGGGACGUCCCUGCAGACGAAGACGGUGAUCGAGGCUGGAGCCGUGCCCAUCUUUAUCGAACUGCUUAACUCAGACUUUGAGGAUGUCCAAGAACAAGCCGUGUGGGCUCUGGGUAAUAUAGCCGGGGACAGUGCAGUAUGCAGGGACUAUGUGCUGAACUGUAACAUCCUCCCUCCGCUGCUGCUGCUUUUGACCAAAUCUACCAGACUCACAAUGACUAGGAAUGCAGUAUGGGCUUUGUCUAAUCUCUGUAGAGGCAAAAAUCCUCCACCUGCUUUUGAAAAGGUGUCUCCCUGUCUGCCGGUACUGUCCAGGCUGUUGUUUAGCAGCGACCCAGACUUGCUGGCAGAUGCCUGCUGGGCUCUUUCCUACCUCUCAGACGGCCCCAAUGACAAGAUCCAGGCUGUCAUCGACUCCGGUGUCUGCAGGAGGCUGGUGGAGCUGCUCAUGCACACUGACUAUAAGGUGGCCUCUCCUGCCCUGAGAGCUGUGGGAAACAUCGUCACUGGAGAUGACAUUCAGACUCAGGUGGUGUUGAACUGCUCAGCUUUACCCUGCCUGCUGCACCUCCUCAGCAGCCCUAAGGAGUCUAUUCGUAAGGAAGCAUGCUGGACCAUUUCCAACAUCACAGCUGGAAACCGAGCACAAAUACAGACGGUGAUUGAUGCCAACAUCUUUCCAGUGCUGAUUGAAAUCUUGCAGAAAGCAGAAUUCAGAACCAGGAAAGAAGCAGCCUGGGCUAUCACCAACGCUACAUCUGGAGGAACACCGGAGCAGAUCAGGUAUCUGGUGAACCUGGGCUGCAUCAAGCCUCUGUGUGACCUGCUGACCGUGAUGGACUCUAAGAUUGUCCAGGUGGCUCUCAACGGUCUGGAGAACAUCCUGAGGCUCGGCGAGCAGGAGGCCAAGCAGGAGAACAACGGCACCGGCGUCAACCCUUACUGCAGCCUCAUCGAAGAGGCCUACGGACUGGACAAGAUUGAGUUCCUCCAGAGCCACGACAACCAGGAGAUCUACCAGAAGGCGUUUGACCUCAUCGAGCGUUACUUCGGCGUGGAGGAUGAGGACAGCAGCCUCGCUCCUCAGGUGGACCAGGCCAACCAGCAGUUCCUUUUCCCUCAGCAAGAAGCUCCAAUGGAGGGCUUCCAGCUCUAAGUCCUCAUCAGUGAACCACUCACCCCUGUCCAUUUGUAUACGCCCCCCUCCCCCUGGCACCCAGCCCAUGACGCCGGAGUCAUGCCACUGUGUUCUCUUGCCUGAUCUCUGCAAGCACACAAACCAACCUGCCCUAAUGGAGGAAAGCUGAAACCGUGGCUCCUUCAUCCAAGCUUUCCUAGCAGAGGACAAAUAUUCUCACAGGGCUGAUUUUUCUUUCCUGUUUUUUGCUUAGUUGGGUUUUUUUUCUGGCCAUUUGGGGCAUUUCUCACAAACUCAAUACCCAAGUGGGGGAACUGAUCACCUAAAAACCUGAAGUGGUUUGAAACGUGCACACCUGGACUUGUUUCUGCCGUUUGAUAGCUCUUAGAUCCUGUUGCCGGCAGUAACCAUUUAUCUAAAUUUCUUUAGCGAUGGGACAUUCCUGUUGUCUGGAUUAUCCCGGCCCCUUUGCAGUCCACCAACGGGGGAGUUUGAGGCAUAAAACGCCCAGUUUGUGCAGUUCACUGUAGGCACAACUCCCCCCCCCUUUUUUUUAUGUUAUUUACCUCUAACCCUUAUUUAUCUUUUUCUUUAUAGGUGUUUUUCCUUUUCUGUAAAUGGAAAUAGAAUUUUUUUUUUUGUUUUUUUACAAAAAGAUGCCCUGGUUGUUCAGCUUAGGGUUGGUUAAAAAGCUUCCAGCGAAGCAAAGGGAGGACUUUUAAGUUUAAAGGGGAGGGAAGAUGUUUAUAACAGAUGAACGUAAACAAAGGAAGGACUACGAUUGGAGUUUAGGGAAAGGACGUUUCAUUUUUUUUCUUUAACCAUUAAAAUGAAAUCCAAGUUUUUUCCAUGACGGGAAUAUUGGAAUAUCCAAAUUUUCAUUGUGUGCUGUGUUAAUAACAUUUGAAUUAUGAAGUGAUCUAUUAAGCAAGGCAUAGUUUAGGAUUAUUGAGAGCCCUCUGCAGCAGCAAACCUAACUUAUUUUCAUGUCCGGCUGUGUUUAACGGAUUGUAAACGUGAAGAAAAAAAAAGGAAUCAUUAAACUAUUCUUUGAAGUAGUGAAAGUUUCAUAGCUUAGCGGUUCCAGAGAGCCCCUGGAGGAGGCGGGGUUUGCUGCUCGGCGCCCAGUAGGGCAGGGCCUCUGCAGUCUCAUAGGACCCCUGUCCAGACGCAGCUGGUACAGGGAGGUGGCGGCAAAUCACUGUGGAUCGUUCAUGUGAACAUUUUGGGUCGGAUAAAGAAGCCGGAUUAAAACACGGUAACUUUCGGUGGUGUGAAUAGUGAUAGUUUAGUGACCACGGUGGUGUUUUCUUUAGCGGUAGACUUGAUUAAAAUUAGCCUCCGGCAUUCGACAUCACUAUACCUUUGAGAAAACGGAGAUGACUUUGCAUGAGACAGUCGUGCUGCGUGUGGGUGUCGUUCAUGUAAAUAGCCUCUCCUGCGCCCAAGCUUGGAACAAUCUGCUUCUUCUGUGUGGGUCUAAAAAAAAAAAAAACAAAACUAAGAAAAAAAACAAAAAAAAACAGCUGGAGGUAA